GCACCCCUAUACGUUUAUGAUAGAAAAUGUUUUAUUUUCCAGCUGAGGCCCUUGCACAUGAUGGAUCGAGCUGUACCUAAACAGAGCCAACUGUGUGGCUCUUGGGAAAUGAAGGAAAAGCUUGGGAUGGGAGGCUUCGGCCAGGUCUACCUGUACCAGCACCUUGAGUCCAGUGAGAAGAUUGCUGUGAAACUGUGCCGCCUGGAGCUGAGCAGCAAGAACAGAGACUGGUGGAGCAGAGAGAUCCAGAUCAUGAGAAAGCUGAACCAUGUGAAUAUUGUUAAAGCCAGAGAAGUUCCAGACGAGUUAAACUCAAUUGCUUUAAAUGACCUGCCGCUGCUGGCCAUGGAGUACUGCUCCAAAGGAGACCUACGCAAGGUGCUGAAUAAACCUGAAAAUUGUUGUGGGCUAAAAGAAAGUGAAGUCCUCUUGCUGCUCAGUGAUAUGGGUUCUGGUGUUCAGUAUCUUCAUGACAAUAAAAUCAUUCACAGAGACCUAAAACCAGAGAAUAUAGUCCUGCAAGAAAUUGAUGGAAAGAUUGUCCAUAAAGUCAUAGACCUGGGCUAUGCCAAAGAUCUGGAUCAAGGCAGUCUUUGUACAUCCUUCGUUGGAACUCUUCAGUAUUUGGCUCCAGAGCUGUUCGAGAGUAAACCGUACACUGUAAGUGUGGACUACUGGAGCUUUGGGACGGUUAUUUUUGAAUGCAUUUGUGGCUUUCGGCCAUUUCUCCAUAACAUGCAGCCAGUACACUGGACAAGCAAAGUCAAGAACAAAGGACCUAAAGACAUCAUGGCAGUAGAGGACAUGAAUGGAGAAGUUCGAUUCUCAACACGUCUGCCAUAUCCCAACAAUCUCAGCAGAGUGCUGCUGGAACCGGUCGAGUCCAUUCUUCAGAUGGUGUUGCUGUGGGAUCCUGCAGUCCGUGGUGGAGGGCUCGAUCCUGAAACAAACAAGCCAUACUUCUACACCACUCUGCAGAAUAUUCUCAGCAUGAAGGUUAUGCAUGUUUUGGACAUGACGUCAGCCCAGCUGCACUCAAUGGUUUUGGGUGGUGAGGAAAGUUUGCUCUCCCUGCAGCUUCGUCUGGAGAUACACACCCAGGCACACAUCCCCCCACUGAGCCAGGAGCUGCUGCUGGAGACAGGAAUGUCUCUCGACCCGAGGUGGCCGCCAGCUCAUUGUCUUCCGGAAGGUUUGCGUGGCUGGGACACCUUCAUAGUGUUCCUGUUUGAUAAGAGCCUUACCAAGUAUUCUGGACCACUGACAGCCAGACCUCUGCCAGACAGUGUUAACUUUAUAGUCAGGGAAACGAGGACGCAGCUGCCUCUGUCUGCUCUCAGAAAGGUGUGGGGUGAAGCAGUCAGCUACGUGUGCGGACUGAAGGAGGACUACCUCCGCCUGUACCAGGGACAGAGAGCUGCCAUACUUAGCCUCCUGCGAUACAACACCAACUUAACGCGGUUCAAGAACGUGCUGCUUUCAGAGUCGCAGCAGCUCCGAGCCAAACUGGCCAUCUUUAAAACCAGCAUCCAGCACGAUCUUGAGCAGUACACCCAGCAGAUGAACACUGGCAUCUCUUCUGAAAAAAUGCUGAAGACGUGGCAAGAAAAUGAAAAGAAGGCUGAUGACUUCACAGAGGUUGCAGAUGUGAGUCGUCUUGAUGACGAGAUAGUCGCUCUGCACUCCGAGAUCGUGGAGCUGCAGAGGAGUCCGUUUGCCAGGAGACAAGGAGAUGUGAUGCAAAAGCUUGAAGAUAAAGCUAUUGAACUCUACAAGCAACUAAAGGCUAAAUGCAAAAGUCCUGACCCUCCGCAUGGCUACAGUGACAGCUCAGACAUGGUGAGGACGAUACUCCAGAUGGUUCAGAACCAGGACAGAGUGUUAAAAGACCUCUACACUCAUUUGAGUAAAAUCCUGAUAUGUAAGCGACGCAUCGUGGACCUGUUCCCUAAACUGGAUGAGGCGCUUGUGAAAAUAAAAACUGCAAGUGCUGAACUAAUGCAGAUGCAAAUGAAGAGACAGAAGGAGUUCUGGUUCCUUCUGAAGAUUGCUUGUGCCCAAAUUUCUCCAUGUUCAUCUCUUGUGCAACAACCAUCUGACAGUGAAACAGUCAGUAACUUACUGGAUGAAAAUCAGCGUUAUAUGAGUCAUCUCACUUCUCUUCUGCAAGAUGCCACCCAGGAGAUGGAGCACAGUGUUACGGAUCAGGACUGGAGCUGGACUCAGGUUGGAGGAGUGAAAGUCAAGUCUAAGUAGCUUUAUAAAGUCUAAUUUAAUAAGUGCCUG